AUGCCACCACCAGCACGACUAGCCAACUCGCUACGCGGGACUUUCCGAGCUGCCUCAAAUCGUCCAGCAGCAGCGGCCUUGAGACAGCGAUGCUUGUACCAUUCGUAUGAUUAUGCUCAACCGCCGCCAUUUCCUCCCGCCGAGUCUGCGAUACUUUCUUCCGCAUAUGCACACGUACCGAACCAUGGCUUCACUAUAGAUGCGCUGAAGCUUGGUGCGAGAGACGCCGGCUAUCUUGAUGUUUCUACGAAUCUGCUUCCACGCGGUGUUUUCGAUUUGAUCAAUUACCAUCUUGUCACCCAGCGCUUGGCCCUGCAGAACAAUGUUCAAUUUCCAGAGGAAGGAGAGCAAGGCAAGAAGAUGGGCGUUGGCGCAAAAGUCAGGACAUUGACGUUGGCGCGACUGCGAGCGAAUGAACCCGUUAUACAUCGGUGGCAGGAGGCACUUGCGAUCAUGGCUCAACCCACGUACGUCCCCGCAUCGUUCGCUGAGCUUGCAAGACUCGCAGACGAGAUCUGGUUUCUGUCUGGCGAUCAAAGCGUCGACAGCAGCUGGUACAGCAAGCGCGCAACUCUCUCCGCCAUCUACUCUUCGACCGAGGUAUACAUGACGCAGGAUAAAUCGGCAAACUUUGUUGAGACGGAACAGUUUCUCGACAAUAGAUUGCAAGACCUCAUGAAGGUUGGUGGGUUCAUGGGAGGGCUGGGUGAGUGGCUCAACUACACGGGUCACUCUGCCGUGAACGUGCUGAGGAGUAAGGGCGUGCGUAUCUGA